AUGACAAAAAACAUUGGUGAUGUUCUAUUUGUGAUAAAAAACCAGGGUUUUUAUCACAAAUUGAUACAAAUUGAUAAAACCAUUUUUACUUUAUUUGUAGAACUUAAAAAUACAUUUAAAAGUAGCGAGAAGAGGAAGCGAGAAGAGGAAGCGAGAAGAGGAAGCGAGAAGAGGAAGCGAGAAGAGGAAGCGAGAAGAGGAAGCGAGAAGAGGAAGCGAGAAGAGGAAGCGAGAAGAGGAAGCGAGAAGAGGAAGCGAGAAGAGGAAGCGAGAAGAGGAAGCGAGAAGAGGAAGCGGAAAAUGCUAAAUUAUAAAUCAUUUAAAUUUGUUUUCUGUUUACAAAGCAUGUUUUUGAAUAACCCUCAAAAAGUUUUUUGGUUGUAUUAUUUAUUUCAAUUCGAAAUUGAACUAACAAGUAAUACCCCCUCUUUGAUGUUUUUCUAUCUUGUCAUGUAUUUUCUAAUUAUAAAUUGGUUGCCGUCUUUUGAUAAUAUUUUGAUAAUUUAUUAA